AUGUUCUCAGGCAGCCGUUACUGCUUGUCAAGAAAAGCAAGCACACCCGUUGCCGAGAAUAUCAGCGCAGUCUUGAAAAAUGAACCUCUCCUCUUCCUCUAUCCCCCAGCCUUUGCUUCGGCGGUGGAGAGCUCAAUUCAGCUCACGACAGUACGAUCACCUCCCUAUAAUAAGAGACAGUCAAAAGCUCGAAUAAGUCGGGAAGCGGAGGACACGCCUCCCAGCCGCCCGCAAUGGACGAUUUCACCUCAACAAAGCUCCGAACAACCUCGUAACGAGUCGAUUCAACCUCAACAGAGCAGCCCCGAACAUGCCGUCCCUCACGACACUGUGAAGCAUCAACCUGUCUUGGAACAUACACCCCAUGAUAAUAUUCAACCUCCGCCUGUUGUGGAACAUGUUCAGGACGACAGUAAAUUGCAAUCCAACCGCAAGCAGAGUGCAUCUUCUAUACCUCAUCGAACUCCAUAUCCACCACCCCCCAGACUUCAAACCCCCGGGCUUCAUUCUGAAGUUAAUGAUAUAGUGGCGCAAGAGAAUGUUCAAUCGACGAGCGGAAACUAUAAAACGGAGGGUCGACCUAUAGACAGAAUCGUACCGGCGAAGAGGGGAAAUCCUACUGGAUGGAUAAAGAAAUCAGCAAAGGGGACACCGCUAAGAUAUACAAAACGUAUGGCUGAACUCGACAGGCAACCGGGUACCGCUAACCCUUACUCGGCGCCAACAUACCCUCCAUUGCGAUAUAUUCGCCAUGGCUAUAACGAUCCUAUCAGUCACCGCCUACAUCCGCCAAAAACACCAGAGGCGCAUCGAUGGAAUGUCCAGAGUCGGAUUGGCAUCUGCCAGAUACUUAUAGAAAGCAUACAGGACAUUUUCGCUACUAAACAGGAGCUUCCAACAGAUGAGUAUCAGAAGACGAUUUUUUUGAAUGAACAAGAGGUGGUUGGGUUACUGGGUGAUGAGCGCGAAAAUAUGUGGGUUAUACCGUUGCUGAGCGGAUGCCGUGCGCAUGUCCUUCCUCAAAAGUCCAAUUCGUUUGAGCCUCGCAGCUUGGUGUUAAGUGGUACACAGCCAGCCGUGGAAGCCGCAGAGAAACAUAUCCGGGAGCUCAUACAAAAAUUACCAAAGAGUAACCUCCCUCCUUUUGCUCCGCCUCUUGAGAACCCGCGCCAGAAACCCGUGAUACGGUCAGUAUGGGUAUCGCUACCACCAGAGCCACUUCAACCCCAGAAAAAUGAGAUAAGCACUCCGGAAACCUGGACUGUUAAGUCCUUUGCGGACUAUAUCGAAGAUUUGGUUAACACACCUGUUUCGAGAUUGGUCCAUGGACGACUCAAGCAUGCGCUCGAUAUGUCCCAUAGAGAUGUGAUCGGGGAUAUGAUCCGCCGCCUCUUACUUGACCCUGAGAACAGAAAUUUCUUUUCAUCUCGGUCCAUAUCUCUUUCUGUCUCCUACUUUGCGAGGAGCCACGGUCGCGCAUCACUUCAAUCUCUGCUUCCAGCCUUCGAGGGCCUAAUGACGUCGCGGACAGCAAAUUCACUAGUACGUGCCGCUGUCCUUCGUCGGGAUUUUGUGGUUUUGAACUGGUGUAUAUCUGCUAUGAAACGCCAGAGGAUCCAUCCUCGCAACUGGAUUUGGGUAUCGAUACUCUCCGCAAUAACCCCACAUACCCUCCGGUUUGACGUGCUGGUGCGGGCCAAGGAAUCCGGAGUUCUCGACGACCAACAUGUGUUCCAAGUUGCGGUCUCUACUGCCAUCCAGCCAGUCUUUGGGCAAUGGCUAAAGGGCGGCGGAAGUGUACCUGGCUUCAUCGAGGCGAUGGACCAAAAACUCGGUAAUGGCUGGUUGUCCGUUCGGGCUAUCGAUAGGUUGCUCCUAGAAGGGUCUUUGAGCAGUAAGCCAGAGGCUAUCACCGAUAUUCUCCUAUUUUGCAAACAAAACUCUUUCAAGUUGGGUACCAUGAGCUUAAACAAUGCCCUUUUUUACUUCCUCCAUCAAUCAGACACCGCCGAUACUUCGUUCAUAGAGCUAUACUUGAAGUUUACAGAAACUUUCCAAAGUAAGGGCGAUGAUCGCACCAUGGAUAUACUCUGGCACCUUGCCUGGAGAGCCAGAUCAUAUAAUAUCUGUCGAGUUCUCUGGCGAUAUGGCUGCCUCGACGGUUGGGUCACCCAGAAAAUGCAGGCUAGCAUAUAUUCAUCACUCCGUCGCGAGACAAACAGUUCUGUGCCGGAACGUGAGCUCUGGCUCCAAAACAUCGGCAAGGUUGUGGCUGGCGUCAUUCCGUUCAACAGACUGAAGAAGGGAAUCAGAGAAGACUUUACAAAACUUGUACACGGGGAACACAUCCCAAUUUCCGACGACGACAUGCCUGAUCCUUCAACACAGCGAUCAGAGCUAGCAAAGCGUUUGGUGCACAGUGAUAUUACUGCCUUGGAGAAUGCGUACGCCCAUAAAGAGCCCCUGGACAAGGCCUUAGCAAGAGCAUACGCUUUGGACAAGGAAUGGGGUCCCUGCCACGACAAACCGGUCAAAUGGCUACGGGAGAACAGUGUCCAAGUCAAUAGCGCCAGGUGUAUAAAGCCCGCCCCCCCUAAAUCCAACUCUACCAAACCCACCAAGCCCGAACCCAUCUCACUGGAUGGCUGA